AUAGUAAACACGUGAUGAGAGCCAAAAUGGCGUCAGUUUCCCUAUACGAAAUGUACUCUCUUUCCCAUUCACUCGGCUAAUGAUGGCGUCCCACAGUACAGGAGGCAGGGUGUCCUGCGGGAGAGAUUUGAAUUGUGUGCCCGAAGUAGCUGACACACUUGCGGCUGUCGCUAAACUUGGAUUUGACUUUUUGUGCAUGCCACUUUUCCACCCGAGGUUCAAGAGGGAGUUUGAGUUGGACCCCGCUAAAGUCCGACCUGGAGCCCAUACACGCUCGGACCUGCUGCUUUGUGGGAGAGACUGGAACACUCUGGUUGUUGGAAAGCUUUCUCCAUGGAUCGAGACAGACUCCGAGUUGGAGACAGAACGUAGGAAUUCAGAAGCGGCCCUAGUUCAGGAAUUGAACUUCUCAGCAUAUCUGGGUCUGCCAGCCUUCAUGAUCCCUCUGAAGGGCCCUCACUGUGCCAACAUGGCUCGCGUACUGCUCAAUCACAUUCAGACAGGACACCACUCUUGCAUGUUCUGGAUCCAUGUGCCGCUGAUUUCCUCUGAUGACAUGCGUGAUGACGAUAUCGAGAAUGAGCCUACUAAGCACACAGAUGAUGGCAGUAAUGAUGAGAAGACAUGGGCUUGGUGGCAUUCAUUCAGAACUCUUUGUGACUACAACAAAAGAAUUUGUUUAGCCAUUGAGGUUGGAGCAGACAUGCCCUCUGACCCUGUGAUCGACAAGUGGCUUGGAGAGCCAAUCAAAGCAGCCAUUCUUCCCACCAGCAUCUUUCUGACCAAUAAGAAAGGGUUUCCAGUCCUGUCAAAAGCCCACCAGAAAAUCAUCUUCCGACUCUUCAAGCUUGAAGCCCAGUUUAUCUUCACUGGCACCAGCCGUCACAGUGAGAAGGACUUCCGCUCCUACCUGCAGUACUUGGAAUACCUCAACCAGAACCGGCCUGCCCCCAAUGCCUAUGAACUGUUUGCCAAGGGUUAUGAGGAUUACCUGCAGUCUCCCCUUCAGCCACUCAUGGACAAUCUCGAGUCUCAGACAUAUGAAGUGUUCGAGAAGGAUCCCAUUAAAUACUCCCAGUACCAGCAGGCUGUUUAUAAGUGUCUCCUUGACAGAGUCCCAGAGGAGCAGAAGGAAACCAAUACACAAGUGUUGAUGGUGCUGGGGGCUGGGAGGGGUCCUCUGGUCAACGCCUCCCUGCGCGCUGCCAAGCAAGCUGGCCGGAAGCUUCGUAUCUACGCUGUGGAAAAGAACCCAAACGCUGUUGUCACGCUUGAGAACUGGAAGUUUGAGGAGUGGGGAGAUCAGGUGACCGUGGUUUCGUGUGAUAUGAGGGAGUGGGCUGCGCCUGAGAAGGCAGACAUUAUCGUCAGUGAGCUUCUUGGGUCCUUUGGGGAUAAUGAGCUGUCUCCAGAGUGUCUAGAUGGAGCCCAAAACUUUCUCAAAGAUGGUGGGGUUAGCAUCCCAUGUUCCUACACCUCUUUCCUGGCUCCCCUUUCCUCCUCCAAGCUGUAUAACGAGGUCAGGGGGUGCAGAGAGCGGGACAAGGAUCCAGAGUGCCACUUUGAGACCCCCUAUGUUGUCAGACUCCACAACUUCCACCAGCUGGCUGAGCCCAAGGCCUGCUUCACCUUUGUACACCCCACCACAGAUAUGAACAACAACAGGUAUCAGUGCCUCAGGUUCUCUGUGGGAUGUAACACAGUGCUGCAUGGCUUUGCAGGGUACUUUGAGACCACACUCUAUGGAGACGUCACACUCAGAAACAGUUAUGAGAUGAUUGGUAAGAUGAAGACCAAAGGUAUCAAACCAGAGACCCACUCUCCUGGAAUGUUCUCCUGGUUCCCCAUCCUGUUCCCUCUCAAACAACCUAUCCCGGUGACGAAGGAUGACGAUGUCGUUGUGAGGUUCUGGAGGUGUAACAAUGGGAAGAAGGUGUGGUACGAGUGGGCUGUGACCGAGCCCUCAUGCUCUGCUAUCCACAACCCAGCAGGACGAUCCUACACAAUUGGCCUGUGAAGACCUUUACACAAACACCUCAUCAGGCACUGAAUUGGAAAUUAAGUGUAGGAAUUCUUGCCCUCAGAAUGUCCAACAUUUUACCAGUUGCCAUGUAAUCUUGAGCCUGGUCUUUAAGCAGUGAUGCUUUAUGGUGUGGUGAGAGCAGUCAGUUUUAGGCAUGGACUAUAAUCUACAUACCAGGUUUACUGAGUUGGAAGUUACUUAUUUACCAAGCAGUUAAGUGAUCCACUCUAAAGAUGUCAGCUGUUUCUGUCUCUGUGGGUCAUCCGUUCUCCCUCUUUAAGAGGUUUUUUCUUUGUUUUUAUAUUGUUUCAGUCAUCAGUCACUUCUAUCAGUUGCAGACCGCCAGGGACAUAUUUUCCAACACAGCAGGGUCCUACUUGUUUUUUCAAAUACUUGGUUGUGCUUAAUUUUAAUUUGCAUGACCCAAUGAAACCAGUGUAAUGGUCCCAAAAAGGUGAACUCUGGGAUGCUGGACAAGUUAAAUUAAGCACAUGUCAAGUUUUUGAAUGUUAAUAAUAGUUUUUCAGCAUGACCUCCUGAUAUCACAUUCCAUACUACAAAAUGGAUUCAACUGUUCGAAAUUGUCACUUAACACAUUUACCCAGUCAGUCACAAUUCAGAAACAGCAGGGUGUAGGAGACGGGCUGUUCAGGUUCUCAGUUGUUCAAAUGUUUAUUUCUUUGUUCCGUUUUUGUCUGAACCAUGUUGUCAAUAAAGACAAAACUAUUAGCUA